AAGGUUAUAUUUCCGAGCUAAGGGCUCAGGUUAUCUUCUUAUAGCAAAGAAGGUAACGUUAGCGUUCGCUUCAGAGCCACUAGAAAGAUUGACUUGACUCAAGCUGUAAUGCUUCCGCUUUCUUUUCAAAAUAAAACCCCAGUUUAGCGACGCGUCACUUUUGUAUUAUAACGAAGAGAAAACAUUUCCCGCGUUAUAUCUAUAUAUCUGUAAAUCUAAAUAUAUAUAUAUAUAUAUAUAUAAACACACACCUAUUUAUUUUUCAAAACGUAUCUGUGUCUCACCCCGAGCUCAAAAUUAGUUUGGCCUGCUCUAAUUUUGAAAAGAAAAACACACACCACCGGAAGUCGUAAUGCACCAAACAGAGACAGCUUCUCCGCUCUUCUUCAGCCAUGUUUAUAUGGCAAGAAUACGGUAACGUGUUGUUGUUUUGACAGCAUGCGCUCUAAUAACUAUAACGUCGCGUAAAAGGAGUCUACCCGUGGAGAUACAUUCAAACCUGCACCGGACAGUAUUUAUUUACUUUCUAGGUUUCGCGUUUUUUUGUUAUGAGUCAACUAACGUCAGUCAGCCCUGUUCGUUAAAGCUAGUUACCGUGAGCUCGUGAGGCAACGGUGACGUUAGUCAUGCAUGUGCCGCGACAGUGAGCGGUGUAGCUGCUCCUCUGUCCGUCUCCAGCAGGGUCCGACCGAGCCAGGAUGUCCAACGACCUCGCCGGCGUGUGGGAGGUGGCGCUGAGCGACGGGGUCCACCGGAUAGAGUUCGAACACGGCACGACCACCGGGAAGAGGGUGAUCCUCGUCGACGGGAAGGAGCUCCUGAGGCGGGACUGGAUGUUCAAACUCGUGGGGAAGGAGACGUUCAACGUGGGCAAGUCUGAGACCAGAGCGACCAUCAACAUCGACGCGGUCAGUGGCUUCGCCUACGAGUACACCCUGGAGAUCAACGGGAAGAGCCUGAAGAAGUACAUGGAGAACAGGUCAAAGGUCACCAGCACCUGGGUCCUCAACUUGGACGGCAUCGACUGCAGGGUGGUCCUGGAAAAAGACACGAUGGACGUUUGGUGCAACGGACAAAACAUCGAGACCGCCGGCGAGUUCGUGGACGACGGCACCGAAACGCACUUCACGCUCGGGGACCACAACUGCUGCGUGAAGGCCGUGAGCAGCGGGAAGAAGCGGGACGGCAUCAUCCACGCGCUGCUCGUGGACGGCGCCGAGAUCGCCGAGUGCACGGAGUGACCGCGCCCCGCGAGCGCUUCACGGGUCGCUCCGUCGUCGCUGUCGGCACAGAGGGCACAGACCUAAAUUUCAGCCACGGAAAAAAAAAAAACCCGGAUUUGACGUCUCUAAAUUAAACUACGAACUGUGACUUUAAAUUGAUGUAAUAGUUUCAGUAAUAUUAUCAGCAUUAGAGGCCUGACGUGCCGUAUCUCUCUCCGUCUCGGCCGGGCUCGCCUUCCCCCCGUGGUCGUCGACGUGAGCAGCCGGUGUUCUUAAGAGACGUCCUGCGCCCGUUGUCUUUUUGUCGUCGUCGUAGAAAAACAUCCACACGCCUCCAGACGACCAGUAAACCGACUCGGAAACGAGGGUUCUUGCUUAACCGUAGCUCAGGAGUGGCCGUUGUGUCGUCCCACGUUGACGUUACAUGGUCUUUGUGCGACUGGUUCAGCCAGUCAACGCCAUCGUGUGUAAUUAGCUCGUAGCAGACCGCUAGGCUACAUCGUGUCCCAGCGAAUGGCGGCAGCAGUUUCGUGGACAAUCAUUCAGAAGCGGCGUUAUCGCCGGUAAUAAAUCACACACACACACACAGCUGAUAUUAAUCACUCGCCGAUAUCCGAACACACUCCGUCACUGUGCGGUCGAACGAUACGUCUCGCUUAUUUUUUUUAAACGAAGGCCAGAUGUUAUGACUACAGAUAUUUAAAACUUGAAAUCACGUUCACAGAUUGAAGAUUGAAUGUUUCCCCCCCCCCCCCCUGGUGCAUUUCAUAAAAGUUGUUUACAUUCUGAAAUCGGACGUUUACUUUUCAUGGAGCAUCGGUAAAAAAAAUUAAAUACAGUUUUGAGCAAUAGAAAAAGUACACGGUCCAAAGUCAUCCGCCGAUGACUGGGAACGAGCGACUAAAGGGAUCUCAAGUUAAGUCGUUUCCUAGCUGGUCGAGGAUGAACUUCAAUACUCAGAACAGCUGUUCACGUGUCUUUAGGUAAACGGGGGACGUCCCUCACGUCGGUCGUAUGUCCCGUUUCAAAGCGUUGUGUGAAUACAUGUGUUGUUAUGUCUACCGUCACAGUUGUAAUAUGUAUUUAAUUUGAUUAAACUCAUCAAGCUGA